AUGGCCUACAGACCCCCCUCCUGGGCGUUUCCCAGUGUCAAGCCCAAGAUGAGACAGUCGCCUUCCCCCUAUAUGUUUGGCCCCCAGCGCAUGAACAUCACCCAGCCGCUCUCCAGAGCCUCCACUGGCGCCGAGUGGCUUUUCCAGCAGCAACAGCUGCAGCAGCAUCGCAAGUUCAGCUCCUACUACUAUCCGUUCCCCAAGAUCCCCAGACCAAAGCGAAACGUGUUGUACUACUCCACAUGGUCCAAGGGCUCCAAGUUCAUCCCGGGACACAACAACAUCCGCUUCCCCAAGCUCAAGAUCUCUCGUCGUUCCAUCUCCAACGCCAACCAGAAGCUCAAGAUCAAAACCAAGAAUUUGCAUAACCGGUUUUUUUCGGUGGAGGCCCGCCGUAGAAGACAACAGAGAAGACGCUUCAUCAGAUGGUGGACCGUCACCUCGCUCACGGUUGUUCUUGGAGGCAUUGCCGCCAAAAUCAAGUACGAGAGAGGCGAGGCAGGGCCCAUCAACGAGUACCAGAUAAAACCCCAGCUGUGGCACUUGUAUGCCUACUCGACCUUGCCCUUGAAGGCCAUGUCGAGGUUAUGGGGCCAGGUCAAUUCCAUCAACUUGCCUGUCUGGCUUAGAUCCCCCUCUUAUAGACUUUAUUCUGCGCUUUUCGGAGUCAAUUUGGACGAGAUGGAAGACCCCGAUUUUACAGCUUAUCCAAACCUUUCUGAAUUCUUCUACAGAACCCUCCGUCCUGGAGUGCGUCCAAUUGACGAUUCUGAUUUGGUAUCGCCAGCUGAUGGCAAAGUGUUGAAGUUCGGAGUCAUUGAGAAUGGAGAAAUUGAGCAAGUCAAAGGUAUGACUUAUUCCAUCGAUGCCUUGCUAGGUUUGAAAAACGAAAGAUUGGCUGCUCCCAGUCACUCGUUAGAGUUUGAAUACAACUCUGAUGAUGAAACCGUUGUGCAGAGAGACUCUGAAUUUGCUAAAAUCAAUGGCAUUUCCUACACAGUUGAUGACAUCGUUGGCGGAGAGUCGGACUCAUCGUACCACUUGACUGACUUGAACUACAGAGAUAAUGGCGACCGUGCCGACUCCAAGUCGUCGCUCACCAAGGAGAUGACGGUAGCCAAAAACUUGGCUAGUAGUCCAUUAGAAGCAUUGAGCAAUGGUGACAAACAGCUCUUUUUCACUGUGAUAUACCUUGCGCCGGGAGAUUACCACCACUACCACUCGCCUACCAACUGGGUGACCACGUUGAGACGUCACUUCAUUGGGGAGUUAUUCUCGGUGGCACCAUUCUUCCAAAAGACCCUCCAGGGGUUGUUUGUGUUGAAUGAAAGAGUUGCAUUGUUGGGAUACUGGAAGUAUGGGUUUUUCUCGAUGAUUCCUGUUGGAGCCACCAACGUGGGUAGUAUCGUGGUCAACUUCGACAAGGACUUGAAGACCAACGACGUGUACGAGCAUGAGGUUUAUUCUAGAUCCGCCAGCCCCGACGAAAAGACGCCUCUUUUGGAGGCAUCGUCAGAGUCCUCGGAGGUGAACACCAUUGCCACCACCGAGUCCAAGAAGAAGAAGUUGAAGAAGAACACCGUGUACGAGGCCACCUACUCCAAGGCCAGCAGGAUCCUUGGGGGCUAUCCCUUGACUAAAGGUCAAGAAAUGGGUGGCUUCAAGCUCGGCUCUACAGUGGUGUUGAUUUUCGAGGCCCCCAGCAACUUCAAGUUCAACUUGACACAGGGCCAGAAGGUCAAGGUGGGCGAGUCCUUGGGUCAGUUGGAGUAA